CAUUUCCCUCUUUCAUGCACACAACACAACACAAUCCCCUCUGGCUACAAAAACCUUUUGUAACAGAAAAAAAGCCGUAGCCGAAAACACUUCAUUCGUCGUCUUCGAACGUGCAUAGCGGAAUAAAAGGAGCUGCAGGAAUUGAUCUCUCAGAACUGUCUUUUCGAAUCUGCUGUGAUCGACGUUGUGGAUGUUACGGGAAUAGUGAAGUGAAUGAAGAACUGCGGCGGUUUUGGAGAGGCUGAGGUCAUGGAGGCGGCGGCGGGAGGGAGAAAGAGGAAAUUUGUGCUAGCUGACUCCAACCUGUUGACGAUCUCAGCUGAAUUCAAAAACCGUCGGUUAGCGGUCUGGAGACCGGACGCUCCAUCUUCUCCUCGGGAGAAUGAGCUGACUGUGGAGUUUUCGGCUGCAUCGGCGGGCGAUUCUGUGAAUUUCAGUGACAGGAGACAGAAAUCGGCGUCGAGCGAAGUCGAAGGCGAUUUCAAUCCUCACCAUUGUACCAAAGAGAAUCAAAUGCCAGGCCGCGCUGAAAUCGAAGAGUUCUUCGCAGCCGCAGAAAAAAAUCUGCAGAAGCAAUUCACUGACAAAUACAACUAUGAUGUAGUGAAGGAUGAGCCGAUGGAAGGACGCUACGAGUGGAUUCAUUUGAAAUCACCUAAAAUCACGAUGAAGCUGAGAAGCAGUCGCCAUUAGUUUAGCAGCAGCUAAACUUGGAACUACAGUACUCUCUUUUCCACUUGAAUUAAUGAAACUUUCAUAUUCCGCCAUAGAUGAACUGUAUAACUAGCUUAACUCCUCUUCUCCAUCUCUUCUCUACUGCUUCUCCCCUCACAUAGUGCUGCGUGUAUAUUCAACUAGUUAGAGAAGAAUCACGAAACGAUGAAGAAUGAAAUCCGCAGAAGCUUUUCUGCACUAAAAAAAGGGGUCUAUCGACUAUCACUCUGCACUUUGAUCUCGUUCAAUAAAUGCUCUCUUAGCAUAACUUGACACUUUUCCCUUUCUUCCUAUAUUCUGCCAUUUGUGUUCUCACUGUACUGACCAGCUAUUGUGUGUACUUCAUUCUUGUAACUGUAGUCUCAACAUUUCCAUUUUCCACCAUGAUCCAUUAAACUAAUACUCUAGUAUAUUUGCCUCUUCAAUUCCCUCUUGCUUCUCUAAUUAGUUAAUUAAUUCCCUCAAUUUCUGUUUCUUUGUUAAAUGGGUAUUGACAUGAAAAUCGGGGUGUGGAUGAUUGUAGUACAGUACAAUAUGUAUAGGUUGAUCGAGGAGAGAAGAGAAGAGCAGGCAGGCAGGGGCUGUCGCGUGAGGUACGGAUAUCUGGUGUGGAUUGGGAAAGGUGACUACUCUCAUCUCAUGACCCAUGUGCCUUUGUAGUUAACCUGUAAUUUUCUUGUCCGCCCUGCCCCUGCCCUUCUUCUUCUUUCACUAGCACAACAGAUUAGUUGCUGCUGCUCUUUUUCAUUUUAUUUUUUCAUUCUUGAUCCUUAAAUGGUUAUUAUUAUUAUUAUUA